AUGUCUGUCACCUCUAGCAGUGAACAGAGUGAGAUUGAAAACGAUGACUCAUCAAUUGAUUAUAUAGGUACACAUGAAGUACUUGAAUGCCAAGAAGGUGAGCUUGAAGCAGGUUUGGACGUUCACACACAAAAAUGCAACAAACCUCACGAUGGGUUUAUCCCCAUACAAGACCUCUCCACUCAACAUUUUCCUCCUGGUUACCAUAACGACGACCUUCUCGAGUUUACAAAAACUCUGGCCGAACUAACAGUCAAGAUUGAUGUUAAGUUUAUCAGCAAUGACAGACCGAAGCUGACGCCCAUCACUAGAGAGCCGUAUCCGUUUUACCACGCCAGGGCUGACCUCAACACUAUGACAAGCGAAGAAGAUUUAUCGAUACAUUUUAAAGGUGCACAUGAAGUACUUGAAUGUCUUGAAGGUCAAGGUGAGGUAGAUCUACACACACAUUGGGCAAACUGUAGGAAAAAUCCUGACCAUAAACACUUUAUUCCUGUAAACAACUUAUCAUUAGAAUACUUUCCUCCUGAUUACCGUGAAAAUGAUAUAUAUGAUUUCACAAAAGCUAUAUCAGACCUAACGGUUAGGAUAGCGAUUACAUUUGCUAGUCCAGACAGACCAGAGUUUGUACAAGACACCGACGAACCGUAUCCGUGCUACCAAAUCAGAGAUAAGCACGUACUGAGGACAGGCACUGGGAAGGUGUGUCGUGUGACCAAGCACACAGAGGGAAUGGACGGCCACAACACUUGUCCAUGUCCUGAAUGUAAACACCCCAACACGCCCAGCAAAAUCUGGUGGGAAGUUGUGGUUCUAACAGCAUCACAUGUGGUUUAUGAUGACAGUGAAGCGAGACAGUCCAGUUGUAGGUUGUGGUUUGAUGAGGAGAAUUGUCCCAUAGUCAAUAUUCACGGGUGGAAGGUGGUUGGUUUCCACACAGUUGGUGACGUAUGUGAGUUGUCUUGUACGACACAUGAUGAAGAGUUAUGUUGUAAACUGCAGGAGAUGUUGUUGCGGGAAAAUGGUCUAUUUCAGAAAUUAAGCGACAAAUAUAAAUGUCGUAAAGAUGUAGAUAAGCUGACCAUUAUAGUGUCUCAUCCUCAUGGUUGUUCCAAGCAGGUUUCUAUAGGUUUUUGGGUACACAGGCAGGUAUAUCAACAGUUAAUGGGGAAAGCAACAAGUUAUACGUACACAGCUAGCACAUGCCCAGGUUCUAGUGGAGCGAUGGUCUACAGACUAGGAUAUAGCUGGCCUGCCCAUCCUCACAGUGGAGCUAAUUCUGGUGGAUUAAAUUAUAGUGGGUCAGGUGGAUGGGACUUUAACCGAUUGUGAUGAAUCUUAAUGUUAGUUUUCUUAACAUUACUUAUAUACAAAAAAAAGCUUCUAUUGAUCAAGAAAGUAAUUCAGCUAUAAAUCAAAUAAGCCAAAUGUUGUUUCUUUGUUACUACAUGAAGUCACGGAUUUCUGAACAUUUUACUUUUAAAUGUGAAGCAACGUAUACAAUACAUUAAUAAACAAGGAGCUUAUUAUUUUAAUCUUUCUGUUUAAAAAUCACAGAGAUCCAGUCUUUCAGUUCUAUAAGUUUUUUAAUAAUC